UAUAUCAUGUACACUGAUACAUUAUAUGAAUGUGUAUGAAUUGUAUGUGACGAGUAUUUCGGAAUCAUGAACAUCAUGAAUCCAUCUCAGAAAAGCUUUGAUGAUUUAAUAUAAAGAUCGUAGUAGAUUUAGAUCAAAUGACAAGUGCAUUUUCUAUUGAACAAAAAAGCUUAUUAAAUUAAUAAAGGGUUAAAAUUUCAUCUUUGUAAACAGCAUGGGCGAUGAACUACAAAAGUCACCAUUAAAAAAGGAAGGUGAUGAACAGGCUGUUAAUCAGGACGAUCUUAUUCUUCAACAACAACGUCAGAUAGAGCGUGAAAUUUCUGAAGCUAUUCCUCUAGUAGGCGAAUUGUGUGAAAUUCCGACCCUGGCAAAGGAGUAUGCCAGUGACGAUAUCUAUUUGGAAAAAAUAAAGGAUCUCAGCUCAAAAUACAGAUUUGUUCGAAAAACUCGACCCGAUGGGAACUGCUUUUUUCGUUCUUUUAGUUACGCUAAUUUAGAAAGACUGUUGUAUGAUCGCGACGACUUUAUUAAUUUCUAUAAAGUUGCCGAAGCCAGUAAAGAUGGCUUAGUGGCUUUAGGGUUUCCCCAAUUUACAGUUGAAGAUUUCUACGACACUUUUAUGGAAGUAUUAAAUCGUAUAGGUGAUAUAAAAAAUGUUGAAGAAGCUAAGCAAGAAUUACAUAGAUUAUUCAACGAUCAAGGUUAUUCUGAUUACAUAGUUGUCUACUUAAGAUUACUAACAAGCGGUCAACUUCAAAGAGAUCAAGAAUUUUAUAGCUGCUUUAUUGAAGGCGGUAGAUCAAUAGCAGACUUUUGUCAUCAAGAAGUGGAGCCAAUGUAUAAAGAAAGUGAUCACAUCCACAUUAUGGCGGCAUGUGCUGCAGUUAACACUGGUUGUCGUGUGGUUUACAUGGAUCGAACUAACAGUAAAACAGUAACAGAACAUGAUCUACCAGAAGGAGUCCCACCAAGUAUACAUUUAUUGUAUCGCCCAGGACAUUACGACAUUAUUUACCUUUGAUUUCCAUCGCUUAAAGCUGUUUAAUUUUCCAUUUUUAAGAACUAGAUAAUAAAUUAUUGUGACUCAGAUAAUUUUUAAAUUUAUAUGAGGCUGAUACAAGAUAGUUAUUUUUAUAUUUUAGUUGAACGGAUAGCAAGAAUAACAAAAUUUUUACCAAUACUACUUCCUUCACUUUUAUAUGGUAUUUUUUGUGGCAGUAGUGUCGAUUAAUUGUAUACAGUAAAAAAUAAAAACCUAUGAAUG